GCUCGGGAACUGGCGUGACGUCAGCUCCCAGCUCAGCCCCUGCCUGGAUUCCCCUGACAUGGUGUGAGAGGCGGAGAGCGAGCCCAGGACGGGGAGAGGGGCGAUCCAUGGUUUACAAGGCUGCCUAGGGAGCAAGUGCCGCGCUCAGCCUGGGAGAAGGGGCAGCAGAACUUUGGGGAAGGGACUUGGCUGUUUUCCACCCAGUGUCAAAAGCUUAUAUGGAUCAACUCGUUAAUCAGCUGGAUAGUCUGAAGAGUAUCAGUAAAGAUCAGCAUUAAGUCUCCUUUUCCAGUGUGGGAAACUGAACCAGGGUGGUUAUGUGACUUGCCCUAGGCCACGACAUGGAGGGCAGGGCAGUCAUUUUUCACAGUGAAAUUAGAACUCUAGAGGGACUGGCUCCCAGUUCUAUGCUAAGACAGUACCACACCCUUUGCAAACUUUCUCUGCUAAUGAACACUUUAUUUAAAGAAAGGCUUUAGCAGUGAGUAAAGCAGGAAGAUGAUGAGUGACGCAAGUGACAUGCUGGCUGCAGCUUUGGAACAGAUGGACGGCAUUAUAGCAGGUUCCAAGGCUUUGGAGUAUUCCAAUGGCAUAUUUGAUUGUCAGUCCCCUACCUCCCCAUUCAUGGGGAGCCUGCGAGCACUGCACCUCGUGGAGGAUUUGCGUGGCUUACUAGAGAUGAUGGAAGCGGAUGAAAAAGAAGGACUGCGAUGUCAGGUCCCAGAUUCAACAGCAGAAGCUUUGAUUGAAUGGCUCCAAAGCCAAAUGACUAAUGGACAUAUAUCUGGUAAUGGAGAUGUAUAUCAAGAAAGGCUAGCGCGUCUGGAAAAUGACAAGGAAUCUCUUGUUCUGCAAGUAAGUGUACUUACUGACCAGGUGGAAGCACAAGGAGAAAAGAUUCGAGAUUUAGAGUUCUGCCUAGAGGAGCACAGGGAGAAGCUGAAUGCCACAGAAGAGAUGCUGCAGCAGGAACUUCUGAGUAGAACAUCCCUUGAAACUCAGAAAUUGAACCUUAUGGCAGAAAUUUCCAAUUUGAAGCUAAAGCUCACUGCUGUAGAGAAGGACCGAUUAGACUACGAAGACAGAUAUGGAGACACAGAGUCACUCCAUAACGUUAUAGCAGACCUCAGACAACAGAUGGAGAAAGUGGAGUUGGAACUAGCACUGUUCCAGGAAAAGAGGUUACAGUAUGGGGAUCAAGAGGGUUUGAUGCAGGAAAUCAGUGAAUUACGGUUAAGAGUGGGAGAGAUGGAUAAUGAAAGACUUCAGUACGAGAAGAAGCUUAAAUCCACCAAAGAUGAACUGGCAUCUUUGAAAGAGAAAUUGGAACAGAAGGAAUCAGAAGUCAGAAAGUUACAGGAAAAAUUGGUGUGCAAGAUGAAAGGAGAAGGAGUUGAAAUAACUGACAGAGAUGAAAAUUGUAAAAAGAAGCUCAAAGACAAAAAUAUAGAGGUACAGAAAAUGAAGAAGGCUGUGGAGUCUCUAAUGGCAGCGAAUGAAGAAAAGGAUCGGAAGAUAGAAGAGCUGCGACAAUCCCUGAAUCGGUAUAAGAAAGUGCAAGACAUGGUAAUAUCGGCUCAGGGGAAAAAAGGCAAAGAAGGCGAAUGUGAAGAGUUUUUAAAUUCAGGAUCUGUUUCAGCGGUUUUAUUGGACAUGCAGAGUUUAACUGAUCAAGAGAAAAGCUCAUCUCCUGUCCCAGUAAUCAGCUCUCCGAGCCAUGAAGAGUUUAACACCACUGCACAUGAAGAGAACUCACUACAAAUUCACACCAGCAUCUUGCAAGUUUCAAUCCCCGCUUUUCCACCAGCACCCGAAAGCUCAGAAGCCGCUACAGAAAAAGUAAAAGCACAGCCUAAACCAGAAGUUGCAAGUGAAGUGAGUGAAGGGACACCACCAUGUUCCUCCGUAGAAACGCAGCCAUGUGACAGUCCAUUAGUGUCAGCCCUGCAAAAAUCCAGCAGUCUGGGCAAUUUGAAGAAAGAGGCAUCAGAAGUGGACAAAGAACCUGUACAGAAACCAGCAGAGACUAAAGCUCCCGUGGAAGGAAACAAGUGUGGAACCCUUCCUCCAAAAUCCCCAAGCCAUAGUGGUACCGGAGAUGAGGACAGUUUUGGUACCCGAAAAGCCAGAUCUUCAUUUGGACGAGGCUUUUUCAAGAUAAAAAAUAACAAGAGGACAGCAAGUGCACCUAAUUUGGAUCGCAGUCGAAGUGCAAGUGCACCUACCUUAGCUGAAACAGAAAAGGGAUCUGCAGAUCACUUGGACCUAGCGGGUUUGCCCCCUCGACCGAAGGAAACUGAUAGUGGGCAGAUGUCUCCCUCUUCUCCAGACUCCAAGAAGAAAGCCCGCGGAAUCAAGAAACUAUUUGGAAGGCUUAAAAGGAGCCAGUCUACCACAUUUAACCCGGAUGAUAUGUCUGAGGCAGAGUUCAAAAGAGGAGGGACAAGAGCGACUGCAGGACCAAGACUGGGCUGGUCUCGAGAUCUUGGGCAGUCUAACAGUGACCUGGAUAUGCCAUUUGCUAAAUGGACAAAGGAGCAAGUUUGCAACUGGCUCCAGGGCCAGGGUUUAGGUUCGUACAUGAAUCAUGGCAAACACUGGAUACUGUCUGGGCAGACUCUCUUGCAAGCUUCUCAGCAGGAUCUGGAAAAGGAACUUGGAAUCAAGCAUCCACUGCAUCGGAAGAAACUUCAGCUCGCUCUUCAGGCACUGGGGUCUGAAGAAGAAAACAAUCAUGGAAAACUGGAUUACAACUGGGUUACCAGGUGGUUGGAUGAUAUUGGACUUCCCCAGUAUAAGACUCAAUUUGAUGAAGGAAGGGUGGAUGGUCGAAUGCUCCAUUACAUGAGCGUUGAUGACUUGCUGUCCUUGAAAGUUGUUAGUGUCCUUCACCAUCUUAGCAUUAAAAGAGCCAUCCAGGUCCUGAGGAUAAAUAACUUUGAACCCAACUGUCUGCGUAGGAGGCCGUCUGAUGAGAACAACAUCACCCCAUCAGAGGUUUCUCAGUGGACCAAUCACCGUGUAAUGGAGUGGUUACGCUCAGUUGACCUAGCAGAAUAUGCACCUAAUUUGAGAGGGAGUGGUGUGCAUGGUGGACUUAUGGUCUUGGAACCUCGUUUUAAUGUGGAAACUAUGGCACAGUUGCUGAACAUCCCACCAAACAAGACACUGCUGAGACGCCAUUUGGCAACCCAUUUCAAUUUACUGGUUGGUCAGGAUGCCCAACAUCAAAAGCGUGAAGCCAUGGAAUCUCCAGACUAUGUCCUUUUAACUGCUACUGCCAAAGUGAAGCCAAAAAAGCUUGCCUUCAGCAAUUUUGGAAGUCUGAGGAAGAAGAAGCAGGAUGAUGUGGAAGAGUAUGUGUGCCCGAUGGAACUGGGACAGGCAUCUGGAAGUGGGUCGAAGAAAGGAUUCAAGGCUGGCUUGGAUAUCCGAGUGUAUGACGAUGACGAUUUGGAUAGACUGGAGCAGAUGGAAGAUUCAGAAGGGACAGUGAGGCAAAUAGGAGCAUUCUCUGAAGGCAUCAACAACUUGACCCACAUGUUAAAAGAAGACGAAAUGUUUAAAGACUUUGCUACUUGCUCUCCUAGCGCCAGUAUAACAGAUGAAGAUUCAAAUGUGUGACAGUAACUGCCGAAUACCAAUAAAAAAUUAAAUUUCUUAUAUGCUAGGAACAUCAUCGUUAUAUGUGAUGGGCAGCAGAUCAUGUACAUUACAUUGCUCUUGCUUCUGUUUGUUAGAAGUGAUAUUUUUGGGUGGAUAAGGAGAAAAGGUGCCUAUUCUAAAGUUGCCAUAAAAGAUAAACCAACCAGACACUGGUGAGUGGUAGUAUAAUUGUUUUUACUAUAUUUAAUGUACAAACCUGUGACAUAUAUUCCAAAGUAUUGCAUUUACAAUUUGCUACCAUAAUGCUCUUUAUGUUUAUUCAUGUAGUGAAAUGUACUGUUUCAAAAUAAUAUGAAACAUAUAACUUGUAAAUAACCUGCGUCCGCAUUCAGUGUGACUUUCAGCUGAAAAAAAGAUAUCACUGGUGUCCUAUUUUAAUAGAUUUGUCCAAAGUAAAUACCAGUUCUUUCUUUUAGUAUCCAUGGUAAGCCUCCAGGUCCCACUGCCCUACACGAAACUCAAGGUAACUCUUGACUGUUGCUGUCUUAUUUUUAUACUGUUUUAUAUAAAAAAAUUAUAUGAAGUGCAUGUAAAGCAGAAGUUUUAUUUUGUGACAUAAAGUGGUGAAAGGUUCAAUUGUUUUUUAAAGGGAUGAUCCCAGUUUGCAAACCAGCUGGUUACUGGAAAAGUCGUACUGACCUUUGAACUGUUUGCUUCCUUUCGUUUUUUAAUGUUUGCUAAGUGUGGUCAACAUUUUUAGGUUUGGGAUGAAGCUAUUGUGAAAUGUAGAUCUGCUUGCAUCACAUUUCUGAAUCUGUAAUAUCUGAAAUUUCUCUUUUCCUUUUUUCCUCCAGCAGCAGCUAUUAACAUUAAAAUAAGGUUUUAAUGGUUUUAAAAAUAUUCUGGAAAAUUCAUAGCUUGAAAUUGAGGAAUGCUCAGUGUGGAGAAGGAUAUUCCAAAAGGAUGGCUUGUAUAGUUGCAAAAGUUAUUUAGAGAAACAUAUAGGAAAUGUAUAAUUUCCCAGCAUUAAACCUAAGGUAGGGUUUUGCCUCAAGAAUAAGUCCAAUACCAAAGCACACGUUGCCUAAUACUUAUGCCUGUGUAAAGCACAGCUCCUUUCUGCUUUGAAAUAAUCAGGUUUCUAAAAUUCUAACUAGCCAGUGAAAAUCUUUUGUCAGACGUUCUAUAGAACAUGAUAGUUCUUACCAAAAAAUGCUAGCUCUUUGUCUGUUAAAAUGAUGAUUCUUAAGAUGUUGAAUGUUGCAUGUAUUGUAGCACAAUGGUAUGAUGCUUCAUUACUUGUGAAGAAAAA